CUUUUUAUUCCCGAGGAUGAUUUGGCUGGUUUGCGAUCUGAAGGAUUUACAGUGAAGGACAUAGCUCGGUUUUAUGGAGUUGGAGUUACGACAGUUAAGCAGCGAUUGGCAGAAGCUGGUUUAAAUAAAAAGUUUUCAACGAUUAGUGAUGCUGAUUUGGAUUUAUUGAUUGCGGGAAUUUUGGAAUCAUUUCCAAAUGUCGGAUACCGUUAUAUUUUUGGACAGCUUAAGACUGGAGGAUUGUACAUCCAGCGCAGGAGAAUACUUUCAUCGUUGCGAAGAAUUGAUCCGUACGGAGUUGCUAACAGAUAUCUCACUUUUGUUCCCCGAAGAGUAUAUUCUAAUCCUGGUCCGAACGCUUUAUGGCACAUGGAUGGGAAUCACAAGUUGGUUCGCUGGGGAUUCGUUAUACAUGGAAUUAUAGACGGAUAUUCCAGGACGAUUAUUUCUCUCAUUGUUGCAACGAACAAUCGAGCUAGUACAGUGCUGGAAGCGUUCCUGUCUGGUGCGGAAGAGUGGGGUGCGCCUUCUAGAGUGAGAAGCGAUUGCGGAGGGGAAAAUUUUGGAGUUGCACGCUGGAUGGAACACUAUAUGGGACCAAAUCGCGCGAGUAUUAUAAUGGGACCAUCGGUUCACAAUCAACGGAUAGAACGGCUGUGGAGAGACCUUGGCCGCGUUGUUAUCAAGUUAUUUCGGUCUGUAUUCAUCCAUAUGGAAAAUAUGGGGAUUUUGGAUUAUACAAAUCCUCGGGACAUGAUGAUUCUGCAUUUAGUCUACUUGGACAGGAUUCAAGAUCAGCUGAAUCAGUUUACUGAGUUUUUUAAUAAUCACAAACUCCGGACGGAGCAUGAGCGUUCUCCAAGACAACUUUUUAUACUCGGCUGCCAUGAAAAAGGGUUAAAAGGUUUUCCGCUGCAGCAACUAUUAACGGCAGGUGACGAGCUGCCUGAAACAGAUGUGGAUGCGCCUCAAGAUUUUCCGGACUUUAUAAGGAAUCAAGUGGCUCAUUCUAGAGAUGCUGUUCCGGUAAUGGACAUCAUCAGUAGCUUUCCUGCUGAAGCUGAUUUCAUAAGGGCGAAUAUGGAUGUGCGAGCGAGUGAUGGAUUUUAUGGAAUUAAUGUUUUUCAAGCAGCGAAAGAACUUUUAGAAGAACAUUUCCACUGAAAGAAAUCGCGUCGGUAAGUAGACUGGCAAGUAGUACAUCAACUCGUGCAUAAUGUGACUUGCUGCAUGGGCCUUUUUAAGUUUUGUUUGUAAUGUUGUUGACUUUCAAGUAGCCUACUCCAUACGAACAUUUUAAAUGUUUGGCGUUUUAGUUUUCUCUCAAACUUGUUAACUCUAGUGAGUGUACUU